UAAUCAAAUCCCUAUAUAAUCAAAUUAUUAGAGCGGUUGAAAAGACACUCUCAAAAAGACAACCUGGUAGCGCAUUCCUAUGUCAAAUUAUUCACGUGCUUGACUUAAUACUUACAUGCCCUGCUUUCGUUUUAUUAUUAUUUUCAGUAAAUAUCUCGAAUCACAAUAAAAAAAUUCUUAAUAUUAAGAUUGAGAUCAUUUUUUAAAUAUGUGAAAAAUCAAAUUAAUAAUUAAAUAUUUCAAUAACAAAAACCCAUCAAAGAAAAAAAAAAAAAGUCAUCAAAUGUUUUGACCUUGAAAGAAAGAAAAUUUGUUUUUUUAGUAUUUUGUGUUUGAUCAAGAAAAUGGAAAGAACUAUUUGCUUUGAAUCUUGAAAAUCAAAGUAAAACAUUGUACUAAUUAGUAGUAUUAUUUUGCAGACCAUGAAAGAGAAAAAGCUUGAGCUAGAGAUGAAGAGCGAAGUGUCGAGCCAUCUGGGGGCAUGGUGCGAGCUGGAUGGAAAGGUGGUGAUGGUCACCGGUGCGUCGUCGGGACUCGGCUGGGAAUUCUGUCUCGAUCUCGCCAAAGCCGGUUGCAAGAUUAUCGCUGCCUCUCGCCGAAUCCAACGGCUCAAAUCUCUCUGUGACCAAAUCAAUGGAUUCGCGGCCUUCUCCGACCAUCCUCAACCCAACGCUCCUCUUCGAGCCGUGGCUGUUGAGCUCGACGUGAGCGCCAAUGGUGCCACCAUUGACGCCUCUGUACGGAGAGCUUGGGACGCGUUUGGCCGUAUUGAUGCUUUGAUCAAUAACGCUGGUGUUAGAGGAGGCGUGCAUAGUCCGUUGGAUUUAUCAGAGGAAGAAUGGAAUAAUACUGUUAAAACAAACUUAACAGGUUCAUGGUUGGUGUCAAAAUAUGUUUGUAUACGCAUGCGUGAUGCUAAUCUCGGGGGAUCAAUUAUCAAUAUUUCUUCUAUUGCUGGUAUUAAUCGCACGCAGUUCCAUGGAGAUGUUGCCUAUUCUUCUUCGAAGGCGGGCCUAAAUACCAUGACAAAGGUCAUGGCCUUAGGAUUGGCGCGCCACAAAAUCAGAGUAAACUCGAUAUCACCAGGUUUCUUCAGAUCUGAGAUCACUGAGGGUCUCAUGCAAAAGGACUGGCUCAACAAUGUGGUUUCGAAAACUGUCCCUUUGAAAACUUUCGGCACAAUAGACCCGGCAUUGACUUCACUGGUACGAUACUUGAUCCAUGACUCUUCUCAUUAUGUGACCGGCAACAUUUUCAUUGUUGAUGCCGGUUCUACAUUACCAGGUGUUCCCAUUUUCUCCUCUCUUUGA